AUGGUCAUCGACUACUCCAAGUGGGACAACAUCGACACCGACUCGGAUGACGAGCCGGUGAGAUCAGUGCCCCAGCCAGCAAAAUCGCUCAAGCCGCAGGCCAAACAAGAAACCCCAGCGCAGCCGUCUCAAGCCUCUACCUCCGCGACUGACAAGUCCGCGGCCAAUGCAUCAACCGCAAACGAGAAGAUCAAGGCAGUCAUCGUCCGCUGCAUCGGCGAUACCACCGGCCCCAAGUGGUCCGCAACCACCAUCGCCAGCACCCACCCCAUCUUCGAGCAGCAGCACGAGAGCGAGGCCCCGCUGCCCGCGCUCUUGGGGAUCCCGCUCAUUUUCCGCCCCCUGCCGAGUUCCCAGUUCGACACCCGCGCCGGCGGCCUGGACAACCAGAUCAUAACCUACCUGAACAUCGAGCUGGAGUCUGGCUUCGCGCCACCGGUCUGGCAGUCCGGUGUGGGGACGGUGCUCGUGGCGCGGCUGGACAAGAAGCCGUUGCUAGAGCAGCACCUGGAGGGGGUCUGGAUGCCCGCGUUUGAGAAGUGGUGGGCGAGGUAUGCCGAGGAGACGCGGGAGUACCGGGAUGACUGGAAGAACGUGCCUACACCGUCAUUACUCCUCGAGAGAUCCUUGAAGUAG